GGGGGGGUCCGCAGCGAAAACAAAGAUGGCGGCCGCGCCGGGGUUGGUAGCCGGGGCGGCUGCGGGGCGACGCGCGGGCCUGGCCCACUGAGGCAGCUGCACGGUGGGCAGGCUGCGGGGUCGCCGCGGCAGUGAGAAGCCGGCAAGGGCGCGCGGCGACCCUAACUUCCAGCCGGCGAGCGCGCCGGCACCCGCCCGCCGGGCCGGCCGGCCGCGAUGUCCGGCGCCGAGGAGGCCGGCGGGGGUGGCCCGGCUGCAGGGCCCGCGGGUGCUGUGCCGGCCGGGGUCGGGGUAGGGGCCGGGCCUGGGGCUGCCGCGGGGCCGGCUGUGGCGGCUCUGGGCGAGGCGGCGGGGCCCGGGAUCCCGGACGAGGCAGCCCUGGCCGGCGCUCGGCAGCUGCAAGAGGCGGCCGGCGACCCCGACGCGCCGCCCAAGAAGCGGCUGCGGGCGGCCGAGGCAGCCGAGGCGGCGGCGGCGGCGGUGGCAGCGGGCAGCGGAAAGCUGGAGGAGCGUCUCUACUCGGUGCUGUGUUGCACCGUGUGCCUGGACCUGCCCAAGGCUUCCGUGUACCAGUGUACUAACGGUCACUUGAUGUGCGCUGGCUGUUUUAUCCACCUACUAGCAGAUGCCCGGCUGAAGGAGGAGCAGGCCACAUGUCCCAACUGUCGUUGUGAGAUCAGUAAGAGCCUCUGCUGCCGGAACCUGGCUGUGGAGAAGGCUGUGAGCGAGCUGCCUUCAGAGUGUGGCUUCUGUCUGCGUCAGUUCCCUCGCUCCCUCCUAGAGAGGCACCAGAAAGAGGAAUGCCAGGACAGGGUGACACAGUGCAAGUACAAGCGCAUUGGCUGCCCGUGGCAUGGCCCUUUCCAUGAGCUGACAGUGCAUGAAGCCGCGUGUGCUCACCCAACCAAGACAGGCAAUGAGCUGAUGGAGAUCCUCGAUGAGAUGGACCAGAGCCACCGCAAGGAGAUGCAGCUCUACAACAGCAUCUUCAGCCUGCUCAGCUUUGAGAAGAUUGGCUACACAGAGGUUCAGUUCCGGCCUUAUCGCACUGAUGACUUCAUCACACGCCUGUACUAUGAAACACCACGGUUCACAGUACUGAACCAGACAUGGGUCCUGAAGGCUCGUGUGAAUGACUCGGAGCGCAACCCCAACCUGUCGUGCAAGCGCACACUUUCCUUCCAACUACUCCUCAAGAGUAAGGUCACGGCACCCCUGGAGUGCUCUUUUCUUCUGCUCAAGGGCCCAUACGAUGAUGUGAGGAUCAGUCCUGUUAUCUACCACUUUGUCUUCACCAAUGAGAGCAAUGAGACAGACUAUGUGCCGCUGCCCAUCAUCGACUCUGUGGAGUGCAACAAGCUGCUGGCCGCCAAGAACAUUAACCUGCGGCUCUUCCUGUUCCAAAUACAGAAGUAAGAUGGACCCCGGCACCCGAGGAGCAGAGGGUCGCAGUCCAGCAGUGCUGUCCCACCCACCCCUGGCUUGGCAGCCGCUUCACACAACUCUAUGAUCAUUUAGCAAAGGAGGAGAACAAAAUCAAACACUGAGAAAGUCUGCAUGCGUGUGCAACGGGGUCCCUGCCUCUGGCUCACCUUCCUCCCCUCUGCCUCCCACCUCCUGCAGGCAGCCAGAGGCUGAGCUGACCACAGUGGAAACAGCGCUCUGGGCUCCUCAGGUACAGGUGGUGAGGAGGGCAAGAAGCCACCCUUAUCCCAGCUCCCAUCCUCACAUCGAGGUGGCACGGUGGUUCCCUGGCCGGGUUCAGGGACCCUGGCUGACUUCAGACAGCAUAUUUGAUUGCAAUUAAAAAGGCAGCCUUGUUUCCUA